AUGUCGAGUUCCCACGACCAAGCCGACGAAACUGAUGCGUCCGGUCCCCAAGAGCAGGUCUCAGAUUACGAGACAGAUGAUGUGGAGGAAGGACGCCUCGUGCUUCGGCCUCACGAUGCCUUUUACGAUACCUUCUCGUUGGCACGCUGCAUAGACGAGUACAAAUCGAUGCUGCCCCUAGAAGGGCGUAUCCUUGACAUUGUCACCUCCAUUCAAGCGCUUCAAGUCUUCAGAGUUCAAUGUGACGAGGAGGACCGUAUCCCAUCAGGCAUCACAGAGGACCAAGACGGAGCUGUGUCUGUGGCUGGACCUCGCUCCGCUGCUGUGCCUGACCUGGACGGCUCGUCGUCACGUCCGCUUCGGCACCUCUAUAUGCGAUGUCUAUCCACAAGAAAGCUACUCGAGCAGGGUAUGGUAGCCCAAGCCUGGACUGUGCUACCGUGCCUUGUGCGCGAAGCUGAAUUACUUGGUCUGGAACAAGAUAAGAUCGUUGAGGAAUCGGAGCAUUGUCGUCGUAUAUGGUGGCUCAUCAUUGACCUAGACGCUCAACUUAGCUUCAUUCUUGGUCGCCAACCUAUAACUGUCUCUUACCGUUCCAGCCCCAAGCCACUCUGGAAGAACAUGAAGGCUGAUGAGCAAGCACUCGUUCAAAAUAUCCAGGAGUUCUCGUCUUUUAUGUUGGAGUUCUUGGAUCAAUCCAGGUUCGAUCAUCCAGGAGACCGGCAAGCGCAAAAAUUCGAGGAUGCCCUCCAGGGUCUGCAGAAGCAUAAGUCUCGACUACCUCAGCUUAAACAGGAGAGCUUGACCGAUCCUGUCUUAUGGACUGCUAUAGCCGACCAUCAAUUCGAGGUACAGCUAUUUGAGGUUGCAUUGCACUGCAACAUCGCUCGUUUGAAGAUGCAGGAUCCUGCCCAAAGUACUAAUGAGUUGCAGAGUGGCACGAACAAAACAGGCAAGCCUCGACUGCCACGCAAGACGCCCGUCAAACAUAAUUUCAGACACUUGCUGCAGACCGUGAGGGAUGUCAUUGAUGUCUUCGAAUACAUCCACGAUCUGGACCACGCCAAAGCAGCUUCUUCAUGGCUCCGGUGUUUCGGUCUGUAUUGCGCAUCUGUCAUUCUGGCCAUUUCUCGACUCCGUGGGGACACCGAUGUAGAGGAAGAUGUCCUCCGGGUUGAGCGAGCUCUGAAGGUUUUUCAAGAAUCCACGAUUUCCGGAGUAUCUGCAAUCGCGUCUAUCGGUGCCUCAGCUUUGGGCGACCUUCUCGUUGAGAUUAAGAAGACGGACAAAGAGCAACGCGAGGAUUCCGCGGCAGCUGACUCCGAGACUGAAAGCAUGAAGCGAUCGACAGGCGAUGCAUCUCCGAAAGGCAAUCAAAUGAAGCCUCCGACAAAGGUUGAAACCGGGGACCUCAAACUCAAACGGUCUGCCUCUUCGUCCUUGCAAGACCAACAACGAGGGGAGAAAAAGGCAAAAUUCGAUCAGCCACAACCUAGCUUUCAUCAAACUGCCCAGGGUGGCAUGCAGCCGUGGCAGCCAGACAUGCAGCAAUCAUUUGGACAACCACUCUUGUAUGGCGACAUAACAGCAACGUCGUUUCACGAGGCGCCCCCCCAGAACAAUUUCGAGCAGCCCUCUUUCCCAACAAGUGCAGCAACUUCGUUCAACGCCCCUGAACAAGAUGAAUACUCGACCAUUGGUUAUCUACCAGAUUCCAAUCCCGACUUCCAUCCUCCCUUGUGGGUCCACUAUCCGCCUUUGUGGGACAAGGCGAUAUGGGCGUAUCCAGGAAUGCCUUGCGACAUGAUGCCUCAAGAUCCAGCACCUAAUGCUUACUACGGCCAGCCUGCCGUGGUAGUUAAUGAGCAGCAAGUAUCGGAGAUGCACGAGGCACAGAACAUUAGCGCACAGACUUCUCUUCCACCGAGCAUUGUAUCAAUGGAAGAUCCGAGGGUUCCUCACGAGGCUGGUGCGCGGCAUCCAACGAGUAUGGAAGCUGAGCACAUUACCGUGCAGCAUGGUGUGCAGUUCUACGACCCGAAAUUUGGACGUCAGGGCCAUGCUGUUAGUUCUCCGAUCGUAGGCGAUGGCUUUGUCCCCCAUAUGGACAGAUUUGGGCCAACAGACCCCGCCUUUCGACGCAGGAGCAUCGCAGAUAUUCGACAACACCAGGCUGCAGCACCCCUUUCUCGAUUUGGAAGAGAUGUUGGCCCUCCGCCGACGCCGCCGCAGGAAAGUAUGCUGUCUCCACUCAGCGAAGUGCAUCCUGGCUCAAGACGAAACUCGGCGACGCCGAGACAGAUUGGAUACUCUGGCCAGCCUCUUGAUAGACCGCUUAUGGGUGCUCAACUGGCAGUUCCUGGCGGAACGAUAGAACCAGACCACUAUUCUCAGCCGCCUUCCCGCAGACAGUCUGCGGCUGAGAUUCAUGACAUGGUGAUGGCCACGACGAAGGUCUCACCUCAUGGGCAGGCCGAUAUGCAAGCAUGGCAAAAUCAUCCUCCGACCGUGCCAGGCCACGGCCCUGUUGUAUACCAAAGUCCCGACGGCAGUAUUGGACAGGUUAUGAGCUACGACCCGCAAUAUCAACGACAUUUACAAGCAAAUCAGAUCGUCUCAACUGGAGUGUACUCAAGCAGUGGGGGCCAGCAUUGGUGGACAUAG